AAAUCUUCAACAGUAUAUCAUGUCCUCGCCACGGCCCACCAUUGUACUAGUACCUGGUGCAUGGACGCUACCUGCUGCAUAUCGAAAACUGGUUGAUACACUCCAAGCAAGAUCCUUUACUGUCCAUGUACCAGCUUUGCCAUCAAAUAAUGGUGCUCGACCGCCCAAUUCAUCACACGAUGCUGAUGUGGCAACUGUACGCGAAAUAGUCGAGCCUCUUAUUAAUGAUAGCAAAGACGUUAUUCUGUUCAUGCAUUCAUACGGAGGUGUCGUGGGAACGAAUGCUAUCGAGGGUCUCACUCGCAAGGAUCGGGAAGCCAAGGGCGUUUCCGGUGGCGUUGUUUAUCUGUUCUACUUAUCGGCUUACCUUUUAGCCAAGGGCCAGAGCAUUUGGACCCUCAUCGAGGACCUGGGUGUCUCAUUGGAGAGCAUACCAGAAAUUACUUUCGAAAAAGACGGUACCUGGUUUCUUAAUGAUCCUGUUCAGGCUUUAUGUCACGACGUAAGUCGUGAGGAUCAGGAGGAGCAGAAACGACUAUCUACGCAUCACAACCUAGAUGCCAUUAAAGGGAAGGCGGUGUACGAAGCCUGGAAAGACAUCCCGAGUACAUAUAUCUUCACUACACAGGAUCGUCGCGUGCCCCCUAUUCUUCAAGACCUGUGCUUUGCAAAUACGAAGGAGGCUCAGGUCGCUAUUAAGAAAGUAGUAUUGGAUUGUGCGCAUGCGGCAUACGUAAACUAUCCGGAGGAACUAGCCGACCUAGUGGUUGAGGCAUCUCGUCCUACAGGCUUGUAAAACUUAUUGUUAACAGCUUAUCUUGGAAAAAUCUGUUGUUUGUUACUGGUUGGAUCUGUCUUUAAGCAAACUCGGCGAUCUAUUCGGAGAACCAAGUCUUUGGAGACAAGUAAGAACAGUAUGUGCUCUGUAUUAGCC